AUGGAUGAUUUCAAGUGCCAUACAGCUACAAAAAAGGGACUGAAAAUCCUUACAGAAGAACUGAGGAGGAGUGCAAGGGAACUGGGUUUGGUGUUGAAUGAGAACAAAUGUGGAUUCUACAGUGGAGGGCGGCAGGUCCAGGAUGGAGAAGACGAGGAACCAUCAUUUCUCCCUGAAGUAAGAAGGGGAUAUAAAUACCUUGGGCUGGAGCAGCUAGAAAGGGACACAAAAAAUAACUUUGAAACAAUAGAGGAGAAGAUAAAACAACUAACAUCUAAAAUAUGUAAGUCACAAUUAACUACCGGUCAGAAAGCCAAAUUGUUCAACAGCACAGUAGUCUCAAGUGCAAUAUAUGUGAUGGGAAACAUAUACCCAGAUGAGAAGAGAGCCUCAACCCUAAAAAGAUGCAGAGAUUUGGACAAGGAGGUGAGGAAGAUACUAGUCGAAACUAAUUUAAAAGGAAGAACAACAUCCAACGCACACAUAUAUAUUCCAGCCAGUAUUGGAGGGAUGGGGUUGUGGUCUAUCGAGUUGGAGGCUGAAAUUCAGUACAUCAGGAGGGGAAUCUAUAUAAAAUCUCAUCCAGAGAUGAAGGAGACAAUGAAGAUGUACGAAAAGCUACAACAGGCUGGAUGGAGGAAUCCACUGGGGGAUCACGACGCCAUCCUGGGGAAAUAUGGGUGCCCUAAUAUAACAGUAUGA